AUGGACAUCACCACCACCACCGGCGCCACCAUCCCAACGCCGAGCCUCGCCACCAGCAGCCGCCGUCGGUUGGUGUUGCUACCGUACCCGCUACAAGGCCACAUAAACCCCAUGCUUCAACUCGCAAGCAUCCUUCACUCCAAAGGCUUUUCAAUCACCAUCCUCCAUACUCGUUUCAACGCCCCUGAUCCCACCAACCACCCUCACUUCAACUUCAUGCCCAUUCCGGGUGUCGCGGAGGAGAACCUACCCGUCUCUGGUACCGACAACUUGAUCCGCUUAAUGCGUUAUCUCAAUGAUGAAGGUUUGGGCCCAAUUCGGGGUUGUUUGGAGAAGUUGUUGUCGGAGGAUGCCGGAGUUGCAAGUUUAAUCACCGAUGCUCAAUGGUUCGCGGUCCAAACGAUCGCGGAUGGACUUGAGCUACCGAGGAUUGUUAAUUGGACUACUAGCGUCUCGGCUUUUCUUUCAUUUUCUGCCGUCCCAAUUCUCCGGCAAAUGGGCUAUUUCCGGCGACUCUCCGACGAUAUGAAGUCAGAAGCAUUAGUCACCGGGUUGGAACCACUAAAAGUUAGGGAUGUAUCAAGGUUUUUGACUAGUGACCCGGAGGGUGCGGGCGAGUUGAUGGAACUCUUGGUCCAAGGAAUGAAGCCGGCUCAAGCGAUAAUAUGGAACACGUUUAAAGAGCUCGAAGAACUCCAACUACCAAACCUAACUCGGGGAUUCCCUAAUCGGCAUUUUAUGAUAGGUCCGUUUCACAAGUACUUCCCAGCAUUGUCGAGUAGUCUUUUGACACAAGACAAAACAUGUAUGUCAUGGUUGGAUAAACAAGAGCCCAACUCAGUUUUAUAUGUUAGUUUUGGUAGUCUAGCCGGGGUUGAGGAAUCCGAAUUCCUAGAGAUUGCAUGGGGUUUAGCUAAUAGCAAGCAGUCGUUUCUAUGGGUUGUUAGACCCAGAUCCGUAAAAGGGUCAGAGUGGCUCGAGGCAUUGCCAAAUGGGUUUCUUGAGAGAAUUGUAAAAGAAAGAGGGUAUAUUGUGAAAUGGGCUCCCCAACUAGAGGUAUUAGCUCAUCGUUCAAUAGGUGGUUUUUGGACUCAUAAUGGAUGGAACUCAACGCUUGAGAGUAUUUGCGAAGGGGUUCCGAUGAUUUGUUCACCAUCGUUUGCAGAUCAACUCCCAAUAGCAAGAAAUGUAAGUGAUGUGUGGAAGAUUGGGGUGGAACUGAAAAAUGGGUUUGAAAGGGCGGAGAUUGAAAGUGCGAUAAAAACAUUAAUGGUGGAUAAAAAGGGUUUAGAAAUGAGGGAUAGGAUCAUGAACUUGAAGGAGAAAGUAAACCUUUGUCUAAAGAAAGGGGGUUCAUCGUACUCAUCACUUGAGGAUUUGGCGAGCUAUAUUUUGUCAAGUUGAAUGCUGUUAUAGUGAUGCAUCUUGUUUGUCAUGUUGAAUGUGGUUAUAGUGAUAAAUCUUGUUUAUCAUGUUGAAUGUUGUUAUAGCCUAGGUGACAUCUUGAGGGUGAGAUAAGGCGUAUGAACCAUUUGGUACUGGGUUCGAUUCCCACAAAGGGAUUUUUUCCUGAAUUGGUGUAUCCUGGUGAGGAGAUUGAUAUGAUCGGGUGCCGUUAAAAAAAAUAAAAAAAUUAGACCAGUUAAAACUUUGUUGUAUCCAGAUUUGAGAUGCCACUAAAUCUAACACUUCAUAGCCAUUCUAUUUGUA